CAUCGCUCUCAAUAAAAAGUUUCAGUUUGGUUUGCAAACCUCGACUGCUGGCAGCAAUGAUGUCUGAAGAAAAUCAAAGUGAAUGCAUUACAGUGAGAAUCGGACAUUCACUGAACGAGGCUGAGAAGAACCAUGUGACCAGCAGGAGAGAAUCAGCUCUGGAGUGUCUUAAAAGACAUGAGAUACAUUGUAGCCUGGAAGAGAUGCCCAACAUCGCACUGGUGGCUUCAGGAGGAAGUGAAAGAGCGAUGUUGGGUUUGCUGGGAUCACUGCUUGCACUGUUUCAAGAUGAUCUGUUGGACUGCGUGCUGUAUCUUGCUGGACUCUCUGGAUCGACCUGGUGCAUGGUGUCUUUAUACAAAGAGCCUAAUUGGUCCAGCAAGCUGGAAAAAGUGAAAGAAGACAUUAAAAAUAAACUUGGUGGAAACAUCAGUUUCAAGGAAAAAUUUAAAAAACUCAAAAAAUACUACAGAGAAAAAGACAACUUCAGUUUGACAGACUUCUGGGCAGUGCUAUAUAUAACCAUGAUUGUGAAAGAGAUAGAUGAGCAAACUUUCUCUGAUCUGAGAAGCAAACAGAGCACAAAAGAUCCUUAUCCCAUCUACACCGUGAUUGAUAAGCAGAGCCAUGAGGAUAAACUAGAUGCAGAUACGUUUGUUGAGAUCACGCCACAUGAGACUGGCUACUCCAUCACCGGGGCCUUUGUAGAUACUUCCAGUUUCGGAAGUCAGUUUGACCAAGGAGCUCAAAUAAAAGACCAGCCCGAGAUGGACAUGAUGUUCCUGCAAGGUCUCUGUGGUAGUGCUCUUGCUAGCAUUGAGAAAAUACUAGAGGAACUGUUAACUUUAAUCAAAGAUUUAAUUUCGGGUGAGUUAGACAUGAUGGGUGACUAUGCGUCUUCAGACAUAAAACAAACAGACAUUCGCUCCCUCAGCGCUCCACAUGCUGACGAGGCUGGCCAAGUGCUUUUGAAUCUUGUGGAAGUGAAUCGUCUGGUUUUAAGAGAGGAGGAUCCUUCAUCUCAUAUUACAUUCCUGAACGACUUACUGAGAGGAAAUCUGCAGCAAGAUAAACAUGAGAACUUGUUCACCAUGUCAAAGAAAAUGAACAAGAAGACCGUUAAGGAAUACACACUAUAUAUAUGCGACCUGCAGACAUCCUGGAAUCUGACAUGCAAUAGGAUAUGGGAAAACAUUGCUAAAUGCAUUGAGUUAGUAGUUUGCUGGGUCUGGGGCACAACAUACAAUUUUCUGCACAACAUGACAGCGGCGGAGGUUUCUCCUUCUGUCUGUCUAGAGACAAUAAGGCAAUAUGUUGAUGCUGGGAUCGCCAUCAACUCACCUUUUUUACCAUUGCUGAGGAGAGAGAGACACAUUGAUCUCAUCGUUUCACUCGAUUUCAGUGAAAAUGACCCGUUUGAGUCACUAACAGAAACAGCUAAAACGUGCAAAAGACUACGCAUUGACUUCCCUGAAGUUCCUAAAAUGUCAAAAGAAGAGAAAUCUGCUCCAAAGGACUUUUAUGUGUUUGAAGGCCACAAUGCACCGGCUGUAAUUCAUAUUCCUCUUUUCAACAUUGUGAAUUGUGAAGAUAAAGCUGAAAUUAAACGUUUGAAGCAUACAUAUACGACCUUUCAAGGUCCCUACUCCAGUGACCUGAUCGAGGAACUACUGGAGAAAGCUGGAUUGAACAUCAAAAAUAACAAAAGGAGCCUUCUGACAGAGAUUAAGAAAAUCAUCCAAAGGAAGCAAUCACAUAUUUGUUCCUUUUGUUGAUUCUCAGGUGU